AUGAGUCAAUCACCUCAAAACCUAGACGAAUUUGUUCAAAUUAUUCGAAACUCUAACGCCACCAUGAGGUUAGCAGUAACUACUACUUUGAAACCAUGGGUUGAAUCAUAUGGCUACCUCUACGGAUUUGAUUCUAUUAGAAAACAAGUUAAUUAUGAAGAUUUAACACCAGUUUCUGAUUGUAUAAAAUCAGAUAACAUGAUUGAAAAUGAUGGCUUUAUUGGAACUGCAUCGAGCAUUUCAUCUGCAGUGAAAGCUCACAAAAUGAUUUAUCCAGAGAGGAAAUCUGAAUUGGAAUUGAGAAAUUUUUAUUCGCUUCGUUACAUUCCUAAAAGUUUAGUUGUGGCAUCGAGUGUUUCAAUGGAGCAAAAUGUUGAAUUCCUAUCGAAUAUUAUUGACAAUAAUAUUGGAUAUUUAAAUGCUUCUUCUCAAUGUGGAACACCUCAAGUUCUUUCUAGAGAUGCUGCUUGGGCAAGAUAUGGAUUCUCAUUUGUUAAUUUCACAGUUACUGAUAUUCGAAACGUUGAAAGAAUGUAUAAUAUUUCAAUUAAUUUUGACAAUAGAUAUGCAAAUACAGUGAUUGAGAAGUAUAGAAACUAUGUCUAUUUCAAUGAGAGUAUGAGUUCAGUUCUGAAACAAAUGUCAGAUUCAUCAUGUAUGCAAUGUCCAUAUGAAUUGUGCUAUGCUUUCGGUUCACAAGAUUAUGCUUCAUAUAUUGGUGUUGGAAUUGCCAUAUUCUAUUUUAUAUUGCUGUUUUCACUGGGAAUGUUCAGAUCAUAUUCUCUCAAGAGAAGAUUAUUCGUUCCUUAUUUACCUUUAUUUGGAAUAUUGAGAAAUUUUUCAAAUACUCAAAUGUUGUCUGCAUCCUGCCAAUCUGUUUCUAGACCAAUGGCUCUAUUUGCUUCAAUAGUGAUUAUUGCUGUAUACUUUUUUACGAUUAUGAGAUAUGUCUAUAUGAGGAACAUGUAUUCAUUCCUUUCCAAUUCGAAUAAGAGUACCGCUUUCCACAAGAGAAUUUUAUCAAUUCCAUUCGCACUUUCAAUGUCCCUUGCUUUCAUUUUAGUACUUUCAAUCAUUGUAGUUUUACCUCCAACUGUUGCUUUUGAAAUAUUCAAUGACAAUAAUAUUAUUAAUGGUGUUGGAGCUGGAGUAAUUUUCCUUUCUCUAAUUUCAAGUGUGAGCUUUUUGAUGGUUGACUUAUUUUUGAAUAGGAAUAAUAUCAAAAGAUAUGGAAUUUUAAAGUUCUUGUUCUUUGAUGAUCCAAUUUAUCUCAGAAUUGACAUUGCCUUCCAAGCCAUGAUUCUCAUCUUUUUGAUUCUCUACAUUUCAGUCUCAUUUGUUGAAACCAUAUUUCCAGCAAUUAUGGAUGUUUGCAUCUCAAUAUCAGUCAUUCUCAUUUGUGGAGGAAACGCAAUGAUUAUUGAGAUCUCUAAAAAGAUCAUCUACAAGGACAGAACUGCUCAAACCCAACAAUCAGAUCUGGAAAAUCUAAUGGAGAAGAAUAAGGAAUUUUACACACUAAUGAGUGAAUAUUCAAGGAAGGAAUUUUCAUAUGAGAACGUUGCCUUCUACGAUGCCAUUUUGGAUUACAAGAGCUCACGUAAAUCCCUCUCAUUAGAUGACUUGAAAAGGAUUGAAACAGAAUUCAUACAUCCCUUCUCAAAGUAUGAAGUGAAUCUGCCAUCACAAGUGAAGAAGGAUCUCUCCUCUCUCAUUCAAGACCUUUCUGUUCCUUCGAAUCAAUCAGAUCAUGAGACUAAGAUCAAGACAAGAAAGCAUCAACUCAUAGAGACCAUGUUUUUAGAGUUGUGUAAAAACCUUACAGAUACCUUCCACCGAUUGAAACAAACUCAACAAUAUUCACAAUGGUUGGCUGUUUACCAACUUCAAAAGGAAAAUUCUCUCAAUGUCUAA